UAUUCAGGAGGUGGUGCUUGCGGAGAUAACACGCGGCUGGUGCAAUUCAACACCUUUUGACAUCGUCCCCUGGCCUAGUCGCACUAGUAUAGUACUACUUCUCUCAGCCAGCCAGUCUGCUCCGUUGCUUUCCUCCAACCAGAUAAGUGAUAAAAUGAGGAAGUACCUACAUCACCUCGUGAGAUUUACAAGACGGAUUCAUGCACGAAGGUCCCUACGUAACUGUCUCUUUUUAAUACUCCUGUGGACAACCGUUUGUUAUCUACACUUCAGCAAUUUAAGACAUGCAGACCUCUCUAGUGCUGACAAGAAUCUGGAAUCUCAUCUCCCAUCCAAAGCACAUGCUCAAAGAUCAAGCACCUAUAAACGAACAGAACAACAACCUGCAGUGGACAAAUUCAAACCAACCUCACUGGAUAGUCUGGUAGCAAAAAUUGAGGCAGAACUUCCAAACUUGCCGAUAAAACACUGGCAUGAGUACAACAGUAAAGAUCUCUACCAGAAGGAUGUUAAAUGUGCCAAAUUACCGUACCCAUACGACAUUAACUUCAACAAUAAAUACUGGCAAGUCUUGAAAACCAGUAAUGGUACCUUUCACCUGUAUGGUGCUUAUUAUGAUAAUCGUACGUUGGCCAAAAUGAAACCUUUCGUACGUUUACUAGGUACAAUAGAUAAACUUUCUCCUUCAGUUAAAACUAAUUGUCAGCUCUGGUUUGAAGGCAAACAUGACACAGUAAUUUCUGAAGUCUGGGAAUACAAAUAUAUGUGGAAUAAAGGCUGGGGCAAUUACAAAAAUGAUUUGCAACAGCCUUACCUAAUGGCCUGUAGAAUACCAAAGGAAUAUCAUCAUCUUGUACCAGUGUCGGUUUCUCUUGUAGAAACACCUUGUGAAAAGGCAAAAACAAAUCUGAAGGUGAUCUAUAAUCUCCCUUUGUCAGGACUAAAAGAAGAUUUUGCUGUUUGUGUCAAGGGACUUGAUUUUCCUGGUACUGAUCUAAGUGUUCGAAUCACAGAGUGGCUUGAGCUCUUGUUCCUCUUAGGGGUAAGCAAAGUGUUUAUGUAUGAAAUUGAAGUUCAUCCAAAUGUUACAAAAGUUUUGAAUUACUAUGAGAAACAAGGGCUUGUAGAGGUGACAAAACUGACACUGCCAGGAGAGCUUCCAAAUAUAGCUGGCUUGACACACUGGUUUCUCAAGUCAAGGACCAUUCAUAAACGACAAAAUGAGCUCAUCCCAUACAACGACUGCUUGUACAGAAACAUGUAUAAAUACAAGUAUCUAGCUCUUCUUGAUACAGAUGAGGUUAUUCUGCCAAAAGAAGUUUCAUCAUGGAAGGAUUUGAUGGAUACUCUGGUUAUGAAGGCUAAUCAGAAUUCAAACAUUACUCACUCUUCUUACCAUGCAAGAAAUGUUUACUUUUGGGAUACGACAAACCACACUCAUGACUGGUUCCCCGACAUUCCACCCUAUAUGCACAUGCUGCAACAUGUUUACCGUUCUUACAAUUACACCAAACCACGAGCAUAUAUCAAAUGCUUCCAUGACACUGAGAGAGUAAUUACGCUUCACAAUCACUUCCCCUUUGCCUGCUUUGGAGGUUGCAACUCAUUUCCUAUUGACACAGCAGAUGCACAAUUGCAGCAUUAUAGAGCUGACUGUGUUAGCGACUUGAAGAAAUUGUGUUUGCAGGUGUAUAAAAAUCAUACAGUGCUUGACACAACCAUCUGGAAGUAUCACAAGGAUCUGGUGAGGAAUGUGAAGAAUACCCUGGGGAACCUCAACUUCUUUGGAUAACACUAUAAAUACCAAUAUACUAUUCUUCAGAACAAAAUGUUUACUAUAGUACCGACAUGUCAACAACUGUGUAAUUAUGACUAUUUUUUCAAAUAAACUAAACCAAAUGAAAA